AUGACCACCGUCGGAAGCUACCUCGCGGAAAGGCUCUCUCAAAUCGGCAUCGAGCGCCACUUCGUCGUCCCAGGCGACUACAACCUCCUCCUCCUCGACAAACUCCAACAGCACCCCAAACUCGACGAAAUCAACUGCACAAAUGAACUAAACUGCUCCAUGGCUGCAGAAGGCUAUGCUCGCGCAAAAGGCGUAGCCGCCUGCGUCGUGACGUUCAGCGUCGGCGCAUUCUCCGCAUUCAACGGCAUCGGCAGCGCAUACGGCGAGAAUCUCCCUGUCAUCCUCAUCUCCGGUUCCCCUAAUACCAACGAUCUUGGGUCAUCGCAUCUGCUGCACCAUACGCUCGGUACGCAUAAUUUUGACUAUCAGCUUGAGAUGGCGAAAAAUAUCACCUGCUGUGCUGUUGCGAUUCGCCGUGCCUCGGAUGCGCCGCGGUUGAUUGACGAGGCUAUUCGCAAUGCGCUUAGGGCGCGGAAACCAGCGUAUAUCGAGAUCCCUACGAACCUCGCGGGUCAGCCGUGUUCCCUGCCCGGGCCGGCGUCCGGGAUUCUCAAGCCGGAUACGAGUGAUAUUGAUACUCUUGCGGAAGCGCUGAAGGCAGCCAACGAUUUCCUCUCUACCCGGAACAAGGUGUCCUUGCUGGUUGGCCCUACGGUCCGCGCAGCAGGCGCUGAACAUGCCGUGAUCCAUCUUGCUCAAGCCCUGGGGUGCGCGGUGGCCGUGUUACCCAGUGCCAAAUCGUUCUUCCCGGAGACACAUCCGCAGUUCGUGGGUGUAUACUGGGGCGAAGUGAGCACGAAGGGCGCGAAUGCUAUCGUCGACUGGUCCGAUACCCUUGUUUGCGUGGGGACAGUUUACACCGACUACAGCACCGUUGGAUGGACGGGGCUACCCGGAGCUGCCAGUCUGACCAUUGACUUGGACCAUGUCAGUUUCCCUGGAUCCGAUUACAACCAGAUCCAUAUGCUGGAGUUCGUGGCAGGACUGGCGAAGCUGGUGAAGAAGAACCCCCUGACGCUCGUCGAAUAUAACCGUCUGCAGCCAGACCCCCUCGUUCACACGCCAUCUCCGCCGGAUCAACGACUGAGCCGGCGAGAAAUGCAGUACCAGAUCAGCCAGUUCCUGACGCGCGACACGACGGUCGUUGUGGACACGGGCGACUCGUGGUUCAACGGGAUGCAGAUGAACCUUCCGGACGGAGCGAGAUUCGAGGUCGAGAUGCAAUGGGGACACAUCGGAUGGUCCAUUCCAGCGGCGCUGGGUCUGGCCGCCGCAAACCCCGAGCGACAGAUAGUCGUCAUGGUAGGCGAUGGAUCGUUCCAGAUGACGGGCCACGAGGUGUCAAAUAUGACUCGAUUGGGGCUACCGAUUAUCAUCUUCCUGAUCAACAACGACGGCUACACGAUCGAAGUCGAGAUCCACGAUGGCAUCUACAACAACAUCAAGAACUGGGAUUACGGCGCGUUCGUCGAGUCGUUCAAUGCCAAGGAGGGACAUGGGAAGGGGUAUCGUGUCACCACGGCGGGGGAGAUGCAUAGGGCCAUUGAGGCGGCGAAGAAGAAUAAACAGGGGCCGACGCUGAUCGAGUGUGAUAUUGAUCGCGAUGAUUGCAGUAAGGAGUUGAUCAGUUGGGGACAUUAUGUGGCUGCUGCGAAUGGCAAGCCUCCUGUUGCCAGGUGA